AUGAACACAUCACAAUUCAUCGUGAGCACCAUUGUUGGUCUCGGUGGACUCCUCUGCUUCCGGCUCGGCAGCCUUGGCGUCUCUAAUCUUCAAGGCAUCAACUCCAGUCGAACCCUUUUCCUGGAUGAAGUUGGCCAGAGCCUCCAAGCUUCUUUGUCCCUCGUAACUGAUUGGCUUAGAGCCGUCAGCAGGGUACAAGAAGAUGGUUGGGUAUCCGGUGAUCUCGAUACCAGAAACAUCGUUAGCGGUGUGAUCGAUCUUGGCAAUAACAACCUUCUCGUUGGCGUCGGAGUCGUUCUUGUACAGAGCAGCCAGCUCCUCGUAAGUUGGAGCAAGUCUCUUACAGUGGCCGCACCAUGGAGCGUAGUAUUCCACCAAAACGUCCUUCUUCUGUUGCACAACCUUGUCGUGUUCGUAUCCGACCAAGUGGUAGACAGCCUCGUCCUGGACCUCUGGGAUAGGCUCGCUCUUGACGAUCGGAAGAGCCUUACCGGCCUUGAACUCCUCGACAAACUUAGGAAUGUCGGCGUAAUUCAGAGCCUUGUCCUGGGAGAUACCGUACUUGAAGUUGCCCUCGAGGUCGUGGAUGACAAACAAUGGGAACUCUUCCUUCAUGUUCAAGUUCUUGGCGUGCAUUCCGUACUUCUUAGCCUCCAAACCAACAAAAUUGAUCUCGCCUCUAAACUUCUUGGCGAGCUUGAUGAUGGCAUCGGAAACGGCCUCUUUCUGGCUCUCGUCGUCCCAGAAGAAGUAGGCCAAUGGGAGCUUGGACUCCAUGUACGACUGGAAAGUGGCUCCGCUGAUCUCGCCAAACAGAGGCUUGGUCUCGACGCCAAUGAAGCUCUCCAAGGUGGCUUUAUCGAUGGUGUCGCCCUUGAACAAGGAAGCGUCUUCAGUCUUCUCGCCCGGUCUGAACACAACGUACGCAGGAGUGGACUUCUUGCUGGUGUACUUCUCAACGUACUCUGGGUUGGAGGUCGAGACAAACGAGAACUCGUUUCUGAGCUCGUCGGCCAGCGAUCGAUCUGGGCGAGCUUGAUGUCCUUCUCAACAAGCUUGUCAGCAGCAGCGCUGAAUUUUGGACCAAGACUCUUGCAGUGGCCGCACCAUGGAGCGAAAAACUCUGCAAGAACAAGCGGGUUCUCCUUGAUGAAAGAUCCGAAGGUAUCGGCCGUUAACUUAACGACAGCGGAGUCUGGCGACGCAAUAGCCGCGUCGUCGGCACCUCCUUUGGCAACAGCCAACAUUGCCAACACAGAGGUCAAGAUCGAGACGUUGAUGAACUUCAUGGUGUCUGAUGUGAAAAAUAAAUUGGUUAAGCCUGUUCGGUACGUGUCGAAAUUAUUUGCGUGGCAAAACACGCACGUGAACGCGAGAAAGAUAUCUGUUGCAAAGCCUGCGGAUCAGGCAUCUUCCGAUUCGGUAGACACUGCGAUUCAAUCGAUCCUCCAGGACACGCUUCCCGGGCUGAGCCGGGACAUCAAUUCCAUUAAGAACGACCAGCUAUUGCUUGUGAUUAUCCAGUAUCUGACUGGUUUAGGGGGCCCAUUUUCCGAAAUCGCCUCCCAACUGUCUCAGCUUACCCAUUUACGGGUGACCAACACUCACUUGACUCAAUUCACUGAUAUUCUGAAAAAUACAGAGGUAGACUUAGACAGCCCCGAGUCGGUGAAGCUGAUAGACCGCAACUUAGAGCACUUGGUGGACAAUGCAGCGCAGUUAGCCAUCGUCCAAGAAGACGUACACAUUGUCAUUAAAAAGACGUUGUUUCUGGAGAGUUUAAUACUCAAAAGAGAUAACAAUCGUGCACUCCGUACAUUAAGGACAUUGACAGCAGAUUACCCCAAAAACGAAAAGGUUGCCUCUUUGAGCAAGAAAUUGAGCACGUUGCUGGUGAACUUCGCCGAACAGCUCGAGUUGGUGGACUUUACCACGAAGUCCAUGCUGGAAGAGCAGGGGUGGCAGAUCGGAGGCAAUUUCGAGACAUCCAGAGAAACGUUGGUGAGUGAGGUGUUGGCGUUGUUGCCAGCGGAUAAAGUUGUGCCUCCAAACCGACUAGCUGAGCUGAUCACACAGGCGUUGUCGUAUCAGCAGAUGAACGAUCCGUACUUCAUUCCUACCGGUGCUUCUAAUCAGUCACUCACACUAUUAAAGGAUACAAACAGCUCCACAAAGGGGCAGUUCCCAAAGAACCUGAAAGCCCGGCUCGAGUACCACGAUAAUGAGUGCUGGUUCGUCAAGUACUCCAACACGGGAAAGUACAUGGCCACUGCCUCUGUGGACAAAUCGAUCGUCAUUUACGAUACACAAACUUACAGGCUGAGUAAACAUCUGGUUGGACAUGGGAACACCAUCAUAUAUCUGUCGUGGUCGCAGGACGACACUAAAUUGAUCACCUCGUCGUUUGACCAAACGGUCAAAAUCUGGGAUAUCGAGUCCGGAAGCUGUAUCUCAACCAUUUCGGACCACGACCUGUUCAACUCAAAUGUUCGCAUUCGGUCGGUGGAGUUUUUCCAGAAUAGCGAUAACUUUAUCAUUGGCUCCCCAGAUAAAAAGCUUUGCAUAUUCAAUAUCGAUGGAACUUUGGUUCACGACUUCAAUAUAUCCCAUCGAGUGGAAGACUUGGCUUUGGUCAACGACGAGAAGUUGCUUGUUGUCACACACUCAUGCCAUCUGAUUGUCUAUGAUCUGACCAUGUCCAAGUUUGAGGUUUCCAGCAUUGUCAAUAUUGGAAAACAAUUGACUUCAAUCACCGUCACCCCAGACGACCCUGACCACUGUUUGAUAAAUGUCAAAUCUGACGAGCUGCAACUGUGGAACGUCUCCAAUCUAUCGAAACCGUAUCUGGUAAACAAAUACUACGGACUACAGCAAUCGGACUACAUCAUCAGAGGGUGCGUUACGAAUAAAAAUCUCGUUUUAAGUGGAAGCGAAGACGGUCUCAUUUAUGUCUGGAACAAGAAGUUUGGUAAUCUUAUUGACUGUCUGAAAGGCCACAAGUCUCUGGUUAAUUGCAUUGACUGGAAACGCACUGACAACGACGAGUACGAGUGGGCCAGUUGCGGCGAUGACGGGGUGGUAAACAUAUGGGGGAUCGGCACAGCAGCGACCAGCAAAAGAAAGAGUACCCAGAAACAUUUGCGGAUAUCGUGUGUUCUGUCGAUGAUCAGUCCGACCAAGAGCGGGCCCACGAUCGAGGAGCCUUUGUCGGUGAUGCUGAACAAUGCGAAAAAGACCGACUCUUGGCCCUUUGGAAUCAGCAUCGAGUACAAGCUUCUGGAGAUAGUGGCCACGCCUCCUAGUGAGAAUCCAUACCAAAUGGCCAGAAAGUACAUUUCUGUUGCGUGGUGGAGCCCCAGGGACUGGAUGAAAAAGCCAAUGAUUCCAUACAGAGGAAUUACCGAGGCCCAAACGAUAAUGAGCACCAUGGUUUGUUUCAGGCUGAGCUUGAAGUACGGCUGGAUCACGUUGGGAAGCAGCACGGAGCCGCCGAUGGCCGAGAUCAUGGUGAGGAUUCCGAUCUGCGACAGCUGGAGCGUUGUCAUUUGCAGGUCUGAUUUUGCGAAGAGGAUUGCGGUCGAGUUGAUAGUUGUUAGCGAGUCUGAAACGACAAACCAUCCAACUAGAAAUGCAGUGAUGUCUUUGAGCUGCGACGCGGCUUUAGCUGCAGACAGUAACGUUCUAUAUCCAUGA